GUCAAGUUGACUGAUAGAUCAAUUCAUGAAAAUUUGCCAAAUAUUUAUUUUGCGAUAAAUCUAAAUGUUUUUUAUUUUACAAACAGAACAUCCACACAACUCUCAAGUAUUGUAAAUAAGAAGAAUCCAGACAUGUUUUAAAAUUUAAUCACUCCAUUGAAAUGGGUCGAACGCGAAGGAAAAGGUCAAAAAAGAAACCAAGAUGUUUUACAACUUGUGAUCACAAUGAAGAACUCAUUAAUUUGAACUCUUGGCUCGCUGCUCAGGGAUUGUGUCGCAACGACAAGCUCGUCCUAGCUUCUUUCAACGACACAGGCCGUGGAGUGAUGACGAAAAGGAAGAUAUACCCUGGAGAGGAACUUCUGAACAUGCCCCUAAACUUGACUAUCAAUGUUACCACAGUACUCAUGGAUAAAACAUUCAAUCAGAUAUUUUGUGAGAACAAGAUGGAUUGCCUACAAAAGUAUAAACAGUCAUUAUCAUUCCAAUCCCUGCUGGCAUUCUAUCUGGUCUAUCACAAAGUGCAAGAAUCGCAGUCCCUCUGGUAUUUGUACCUGAAAAGCCUACCAAAAGAAUACACUGUGCCAUAUUUUCUGCCAAAAGAUGUCCAAAACUGUUUGGAUGCAAAAAUGCAAUCAGUGAUAUCAAAACAAAGUGAUGUUAUAGACUCUUCAUAUAAUAUUUUUAACAAUAUUUUAAAUAAUAAUUUUAGUAAGAAUGAUAUUUUAAGUAAGUUGAAAGAGAGUUACUCACGCAAUCUUUAUGAAUGGGCCUAUUUUACUGUGAACACACGGUGUGUGUACAUGGACUUGACUAAAGUAGUGGACAUGAAUAACUAUCAACACAGUUUACUGAAUCUAAUCAAUGACAACACAAAGAUAGCACUAUGUCCCUAUCUGGACAUGAUAAAUCAUAGCCCAAAAGCCAGAAACGAAACCAAAUUAAUUCUUAAUAGUUGUUCUGAUAACAUAAACCUAGACAAUUUGGACAAAGACUUAUUUUCAGAUAUUCGAUUUUCUAUUUACACUAACAAUACUUUUGAACCUUUUACACAAGUCUUCAUUUGCUAUGGAGACAGUUAUAAUGUAAAGUUAUUGAUGGAAUACGGGUUCAUAUUACCUAAUAAUGAGCUGGAUUACAUUCCAUUUGACUUUGAUGUAGUGGAGUUGUAUUUAAAAAUGAAAGAACUGAAACUUUCUAAAGAUCAAAUAACUUUCAUACAAAAUCAUGGGCUUAAUAAGGAUCUGUAUGUAGAUCAGAAAGGCCUAAGCUUCAAUUUUUAUGCUCUAUUAAUGGUAGUGAAGUUUUACUAUAAGCAGAACUCAGAUGUAAGUAGAAUUAUUUAUUCUUCUAUGAAUGGUGUAACUGAAGACAGUAAUUUUAAUGAUUUAGUUACACCUUUAGUGAAAGAGAAAAUUGUGGAUAUUAGGAAAUCUGUAGAUCAAUUAGAAACUUUUGGAAAUAAUAAUGUUAUUUUGAAUAACUGUGUAGAGCUUAUGUGUCACUAUAUCAGUAUCUUGGAGAAUUUUAUUAAAUGUUAGAGAUGUGAAA